AUGGCAAAUCAAUCAAACCAGCCGUCCAGUAAUCCACUUCUUUAUUACACUGUCCUGUAUUUGACUUCUAUAAGACAUAAAGACAUGAUUAUUCCAGGUACUUUAUCAAUCAUAGUCAGUAACUCAAGUCAUUCAGACCUAAGUAGCAGCAAGUAUACAGCAAGGGCAAGCCCUCAGAAAGCGGCAAGUUCUGAAGAAGCAAAGGAAGAAACAGAGUAUCUGUUCUCCCUCAUAUCCGAACAGGACUUACUUUUUCCAAAAAGAAGUCACCCUUCGCACUCAGGUCUGGGCAGAUCAUUGCAAUGGAUGGUAGAUGCAUGUCCGCAACUCAAUGAGUAA